CGCUAAUGCGCCUCCGUACUCUGUGAAGCGAGUUAGCGAGUUAGCAGCAGAUGCUGGCGUGUGAGAGUGUCGGGCUCUAGGACCACACCGUGUGCGUCGGUAUUACUCCCAGCCCCUGACACAGCCGCAGCUGUGAUGACACUGAGCCGUUCUCGCUUGUCAGAGGAGUUGUCAUUCCUUGUGAUACAGCCCGUCCUUCCUUGAAUUCGACUCGGAUUCUGCUCCCAGCUACCCUUCUCAGCUCAGAGGUUGGGAAUGGCGUUCAUGGAGAAGCCCCCUGCGGGGAAGGUCCUGCUGGACGACACGGUGCCGCUGACCGCAGUGAUCGAGGCGAGCCAGAGCCUGCAGUCCCACACGGAAUACAUUAUCCGUGUUCAGAGAGGUGUAUCUACGGAGAGCAGCUGGCAGGUGUUGAGAAGAUACAGUGACUUUGAUAUGCUGAACAAUAAUUUACAGAUCUCGGGCCUCAGUCUGCCUCUUCCACCCAAGAAGUUAAUUGGGAAUAUGGACCGUGAGUUCAUUGCUGAGAGACAGAAGGGACUUCAGAACUACCUGAACUUCAUCACCACGCACCACAUCCUGUCAGGCUGCGAGCUGGUUAAAAAGUUCCUGGACACCAACAGCUAUUCAGCAAACUACACAGAAAUAGCCUUGCAGCAGGUGUCUAUGUUCUUCAGGUCUGACCCUAAAUGGGAGGUAGUGGAACCUUUAAAGGAAAUGGGCUGGAGGAUACGGAAGAGACAUUUUUUAAUCAAAAGUAAAAAUCAACCUAAAGAGCGGCAAGUCUUAAGUUGGGCUGACCUGGGACCUGAUAAGUUCCUGUCAGAUAAAGACUUGCAGUCUGCAAUGAAGCUGCUCCCCACUUUAUCUCAUCCCUACAUUUACCCCGUCACCUUUGCUUCAGCCAGCGAGUCCUCAGCCCUAGUGAUCAGAAUGUUCAAUGAGAAGGGAACACUAAGGGAUCACAUCUGUAAGGCCAAGCCCAAAGACCCCUUCUUAAAGAAGUACUGCAGUCCCAAGAAGAUCCAGGGCCUUGACCUUCAGCCGAUUAGGACGUUCGGACGACAAAUUCUAGAGGUUCUAAAGUUCCUUCAGGACAAAGGGAUCCCAUACGGUCACCUGCACUCCUCCAAUGUGCUGCUGGACGGGGACAGCUGCAAGCUGCUGGACCUGGAGAACUCCCUGCUGGGACUGCCUUCCUACUACCGGGCCUACUUCACGCACUUCAGGAAGAUCAGUACAACUGAGAGUAUCGAUGUGUACUCGUUUGGACACUUACUGUAUGAAAUGACCUACGGGAGACCUCCAGACGCUGUCCCAGUGGACCAUUUCCCUCCUGCUCCCUCCACUUCCAUCACAUCUGUCCUCCAGUCCAUCCUCUCCACUGAAGCCUGCAGAACUGGAAUGCCCACAGUGACUCAGCUCUUACAAACUCCGUUGUUCAGCGAUGUUUUGCUGCUCAGUUCAGAGAAGCCUCAGUUCAAGAUCUCAACUAAGUUAAAGGAGGCCCUGAAAACCGCCAACGACUGCCUGGAAAAGAGACUGCUGGAAGAACAGAAAAUGAUUCACCAACAUAAGCGACUAACCAGGGCACAGUCUCACCAUGGGUCAGAGGAAGAGAAAAAGAAAAGAAAGAUUUUGGCAAGAAAGAAAUCCAGGCAGUCAGCUGAGAAUGACGAAGAUCUGUCAGCGAAAUAUAACAACUCCAAUAAUUCUGGUUCAGGGGCGAGUUCCCCUCUCACAUCUCCGUCCUCCCCCACUGCAGUGGGGUCAGGACUAACUGCUUCUUCUCUGAUUCACCCAGGAGUGCCUCCUCCUCCUCCUCCUCCUCCCCCUCCUCCCCCUCCUCCUGCUACCCCCUCCCCCUCCCUCAGCAGCCCGCCCCCUGGGGACGGAGCCAGUCGAGGAGCGCUGCUCGGCUCCAUUCAGAACUUCACCAAAUGCAGCUUGAAGAAGACUGAGAUCCGGGACCGCAGCACCCCCCAGUUCAGAUGAGCAGGGGGCUGGGGGCUGGAGGCUCGAGGCUGGAGCGUUCCAUCUCAUGCAGGGGUGCAUGUUGCUGCUGCUGCUGCUGUUUAUUUUCACUGGACUUGUUUUGUAAUGUACAGAGAGCUGCAAGAACAGCUAGAUUUUAAUCGCAUUUGUUUUGCAACAGAUAUAAAUGUUCAUAAAAAAUGAUUCUGGUUUUAUAACUUGAAUGUUCACUAGCCAAGCGUCAUGUGGAUUUUAGGGCCACCUAGUGGAAAAACAACAUCUGUUUGUAAUGUUUAACCUUUAAUUAUUGAGCAUGUGUUUGGAUCUACUUUCUAUCUGCAGUCAUUUUUAAAUGUUAAUCAUUUGAAGACAGUUGUCUCUAGCAACAAUAUAAAACUAAGUAUGCACACUCACCAAAACUUCCUCCAACACUACUCCUCUUAAGUUGACACUGUGUAGAACAAUUCCGUGUUUUUUUUUACUUACAUAAUACCCCCAGUGUUUCCUAAAAAGACAAAAAAAAAGUCAAAAACCUGACUCUCUGUGAGUCCAGCGACUUCCCCUGAAACCUGCCUCUCCGAGUCCAGCGACUUCCCCUGAAACCUGCCUCUCCGAGUCCAGCGACUUCCCCUGAAACCUGCCUCUCCGAGUCCAGCGACUUCCCCUGAAACCUGCCUCUCCGAGUCCAGCGACUUCCCCUGAAAUUGCACUUGGAAGUCACAGCGGUGUAUUGAAGGUGCCUCUUGAACUUGCAUUCAAUAUCAGCGUUGCUGUUAAACUGCUUUAAACCUGAAAGCAAGUCACAAGAAAGACAGCUUCAUGGGCUAAAUUUAACAAACCAAUUUAAACUAGUGUCCAAAACCUAUUGCAGCUUCAGCGCAGAAGCAGUGGUUGAAUGUAGCCGUUUCCAGGUUGAACCUGUACCUUCGGUUCAAAAACUAAGAUUAAAUUGAUAAAGUACUCUCUGUGUGUGUGUGUGAGAGAGAGAGAAAAAGAAAAUGAAUAUCUUUGGCUCUUUGAGCUAAAUAUAAAUAUAUAUAUACAUAUAUAUAUAACACAUUAUAAAGCAUGGUUUUAGUGUUUGUGUUUUGUGUUGUGUUUUUUUAAAAAGACUGAAACAAAGGUUGGUCUUAGUAAAUGCUUCAUACAGGAGCAGCAGACCAGGGCUAGCGUUCCACCUGAUGGAGUGGGAGUUUGGAUUUGGUCCCUGUCCUCUUUUGCUCAGCUCUCAGAUAGUCUUAGUCUCCACAGCAUCAAUGUAGACACAUUAGAGGUUACACAGUAUUUAGCACUCCAUUUGAUAUUAAUACAGCUAUGGUCAAAGGUAUCACCCUAUAGAAUUAACACUUUUGCUUCUUAAAGUGGAAUGAAAUCUGCUGAAUAAUGUUACAUUAACAUAUUGAAUUACACACCGCUUUGUAGUUAGAACCAUCGAAGGAGGGUUUGAUACUGGUCUGACUGGCUGAACCAGACCUCCAAUACAGGAGCAUGGCAGUGCCUGUGGAACGUUGCAAUUGACCCGCAGUGUUCAGAAACCUGAAGAAAAUGAACCCUGAAGAUGUGAGGCGGGAGCCUAAAGCUGCAGAGUCCCAGUCACAUUCACCUUUACAAGAAAAUAUGACUUGGUGUUUGUUUACAAUAUUUUUCUGAUCUGUGAUACAUCAGACUACAGUUUGUUCAGAGAAAACCGUGGACACACAUUUCUUCCCCUUUGAAACCUUCAUGCCGCUGUGUCACUACUUGCUACAGUAAAAGACCAUGAUACGUUUCUGUAGCCUGGGUCACCUUUGCACAGGAGUGCCCUAAAGGUCCCGCAAAAUAUACUGUACCCCCACCCAGUCUGACAGCAUCCCUUGAUUGGAAUCUCUUGGAAGAGUUACUGCAAUACUUCUGCGUUAAGCAUGCUGGUAAUUGUGUUUCAUUCUUUUCUUUCAUUACAUUUACAGAUUACUGAUGAUAAUUAACUUCUCAACGUGAUGUAACUUGUGUAAUAUAUUCUUGUGACUUAAGCAUUGUUUUUUUACAAGAACAUGUAUCUUCAGACAGAAGUGUCUGUGCCCAGGCAAAGGUUAUCAUUGUGUUCCAUGUAUAUAUGUACACAUUUUCAUGUAAUCUGUGAGAAUAUUUUUAUUAAAAUAAUGAAUGAAUCUUU